AUGUCCACCUCAACAUCUUCGCUUGAGGCGAACCUCGCCUACAAGCCUCAAAUUCUCAAAUUCGGCACCAGUGGUCGACGUGGCUUGAUUGUCGAUUUGACCCAACUGGAAAUUUACAUCAACGUUCUUGGUGAAAUUCGCUAUCUUCAAGCCAUUUCGCCCUCCGAAGGUGGCAUCGAGCGUGGUGAUGACUUUUACUACGCCUACGAUUUGCGCCCCAGCUCAAUUAACUAUGUUGAGCCGAACCGCGGCGGUCUUUGCCAGGCCGUCGAGAAGGCCCUGAGAGAUGCGGGUAUGCGGCCUAUCAGCCUAGGCGCGAUCCCCACACCCGCUCUUACUCUUUUCGCUUUGCAAAGAGGAAAGGGAAGUAUCAUGGUUACUGGUAGCCAUAUUCCUUUCGAUCGCAAUGGCUACAAGCUCAACACCUCCAAAGGAGAGCUGCUGAAAAAGGACGAGCAGCCCAUCAAUGAGUCCGUUGAGGUUGCCCGGAAAGAGCUUCUUGCACAGCCACUUGAGCAGUCUCUUUUCAACGAGCAGGGAAUGCUUCGUGCUGCCACUGUGACCCUUGAGACUCCCAUCCCCGAGGGCAAGAGUGAGUAUAUUCAACGGUACCUUGAUUUCUUCAAGGGCGAUACUCUGCAAGGCAUGAAGCUACUGGUGUACCAGCACUCUGCUGUCGGGCGCGAUCUCAUUGUCGAGCUGCUCGAACUUCUUGGUGCCGAGGUAAUCCCCGCAGGCCGCAGCGAGACUUUCGUCCCUAUCGACACUGAGGCUAUUGACCAAGCUCAACUUGACACUGUCCAAGCUCUCUCCGACAGCACGGGACAAACCUUCGAUGCGGUGAUCUCCACGGAUGGCGAUAGCGAUCGUCCCCUUCUCCUGUCGCCUGAGGAUGGCAAACUCCGCUUCUUCAGCGGAGAUCUGCUAGGCAUGGUUGUUGCCGAAUUUCUCGGUGCUGACGCAGUCGUUGUCCCCAUCAGCACCAACGAUGCCAUUGACCGUGGCCCUCUUGCCAAGGCCCUGUCGCCCAAGACUAGAAUCGGCAGCCCCUACGUGAUUGCCGGCAUGCAGAACGCCGCCCUUAAAGGACGCAGCCGUGUUCUAGGAUGGGAAGCCAACGGCGGUUUCCUCACCGGCUCCGAUAUCGAGCUUGAUGGCCGAAAGCUCCCUGCUCUGCCUACACGUGAUGCAGUCCUGCCAUUUCUUUGCGUCCUGUUUGCCGCACGCAAGCGUCAAACCAACGUCCCGACUCUUUUCAAAUCUCUGCCCGCCCGCUUCAGCAAGGCGGCGGUGAUUCGGAACUUCCCUCGCCCAACGAGCGCAAAGAUUGUUGAGCGCUUUUCGCCUAUCGACAAGGCAGAUCAUGAGAUUCUGUACUCUAAGGAGGGCAUGCGGAAACUCAAUUCUAAUGGAGAGUUUAGAAAUAUGGUUACUGUGGGAGAUGCUCGCCAUAUCUUCCAGAUUCGUCGCGAACUUGAACAAGUAUUCUCUGCUGAAUCUGGCUUUACUCCGGUGAAAAAGACAAACUAUACCGAUGGAGUCCGUAUUACGUUUGAAAACGGUGACGUCGCUCAUAUUCGCCCUUCUGGCAAUGCCGACGAGCUUCGGAUUUACUCUCAUGUGGUAUAUAAAAUUGCCAUCUGCCACCAUUUAAGCAUCUUCUGCAUUGUUGUGUUGAUUGAGCAGAUCAAGGAAAGACUUGCUUGA